AUGAGAAACGACGCGUAUCAGUCGAUCACGUCCAUUCUGAACGACCCCGGAGAGGGACCAAGCUCUGGCGCACCAUGGCAUACGGUGCUCGAGGCGGUCGGCCUCGCAGAGAGCCAACACGCGCAACACCCCCCCCUGGCGCACGCACCAUCUCUGCCGCGCGUCACUCUGCGCGACUUCGCCCCCUACCUAUCCCGCAUCGCCGAGGGCUACCCCGAGCUUCGCCGCAACACGCGCCGGCGCAGCAGCGCCCGGCCCGACCGCACCAGCGUCCUGUCCGUGGACCCUGACGGCGGGCACAACGCUAAACCCCCCCCCGCCCAGGAAGACCGGGCAGCGGAGCCGGCCUCGAUCCCGGAAGUCUUCUUCUCGGAGACCUUCGACCUCGCGGAGCCCGACACGUUCGCGGCGGCGUGCGGCGACGCUGGAGACACCCCCGCGCGGCACAGCGCGCUGGCCCGACUCGAGACGUGGGAGGCGCACGUGGACGAGAAGCUGCUCCGGGAGAUCACGCUGCGGUCUGCGGCCCUGCACGCGGAAGUUCCGGGCCUGCAGCGCGUCGCCGACGCGGUUGGGGCCGCCAAGGAGCAAACGCAUGCGUUGCGGGGCGUGCUGGCGGGGCUGGGCGCGGGGCGCGCCGCGAGCAUCGCUGGCGAGAUCACGCAGCUGCGCAAGGUGCAGCAGCGGGCGAGGGAGGCGCUAGAGCUGCUCGAAGUCCUGUCGGACGCGCAGGAGUGCGCAGCGUCCCUGGACCUGCUCAUUGCGUCAGGCGAUCACCUCGGCGCUCUGAGCGCGCUCGAGUCCGUGUCCGAGGCGCUCACGGCCGGCAACGCUGCGCGCAUCCACUGCCUGCGCUACGUCCGCGACAGCGUGUCGUCCUCCCGCGAACAGGUCUGCCGGCUGCUGUGCGCGGAGCUGCUGAGCGCGGUGCGCGCGCUCCCCGAGGACAUCGCCGCCGCCGCUGCGGCUGACGUGGAGGCGGGCGGCGGUCCCCCCGGGGACUCGGGGGGGGGUGUUCAGGAAGAAGAGGGGGCGAACGAAGGGGGGGCUGACUCGCUGCGGAAAGACGGUAGCUCGCCGUCGCCGCUGGCGACGGCCGGGCUGUGGGUGCGGUCGCUGGGGCCGCUGGUUGUGGCGAUGCAGCCGUGUGGGGAGUUGGGGCGGGCGCUGGGGGAGUGGGAGGCUCAGUCUGUCGCGGAUCUGAAGCAGGCGGUCUGGAAGGUGGUGGAGAACGAGCUGAGGGACGCCGGGCUAUCGAGUGCGGGGUCGCAGCUGGUGGCGUCCCUCCGGGCGCUGCCUCACGCGGCCUUCGUGCGCAUGCUGCACCGCGUAACCAGGGCCACCAUGCUCGUGGUCGAGCACGAAGAACGCACGCGGGGACACGCCGAGGCCGUCCUCGCCGCCGCUGGUGUCGCCAGCGAGGAGCUGCAAGACACGCAGCAAGCGAUGGCCAAGGCGCUGACAGCGCUAGGGGGGGUCGCGUGCGGGCGGGUGUCGAAGCUUGUCUCCUCGCGCGGGCCCGUGCACGCGCGCGUGACGCUGCACGAGAUGCAGGACGUCGCCGCCGCGGUGACAGCCCUGACGUCGGCACUGACUGCCCGGGGGUGUUCUGACGGGACCUCCGCUCUCGACCGUGUCGUCGUCGGGCAGAGCCGCGGCUGGCUCGAAGCCUACCACGAGCGCUCCCUCAGCCAGAUCAUCGAGGUCCUCGACCAAGAGCAGUGGCGCCCGACUGAGGUCGCUGCGGCUUUCCAGGAGGGUGUUGACCUCCUGACGAGCAAUACACCCCCUGCUCGCGAAACGACGAGUCACGCCGCAGGCGAUGAAGGCAUGGUCGAGGACACCGCCAACGGGGCACAUGCCGCGUCCGAGCAGCGCGCUGGCGAGCCAGCCGGGGCGCGGGAGGGCGGCGGCGUCGCUGGCGGGGGUCUGGAGGUGUGCGGGCGGCGCUACGCGGCAACGGUGUCGCUGCUGAUGCUGGUCAAGGCGCUCGGUGGGUACCGCGAGGCGCCGCGGGCGCUCCCGGGCCUGGACAUGGAGGCCUCGCAUCUGAUGGUGGCGCUAUUAAAAGGUUUCAAUUCACGGGCGUGUCAGCUGGUGCUGGGCGCCGGGGCGGUGCAGAUGGCGGGGCUGCGGUUCAUUUCCGUAAAGCACAUCCUUGUCGCGGAGGAGACGAUGGCGGCGGUCGGGGCCCUGCGCACCCCGAUGAGUGUCGAGGCGACAUGCUGCCUGACGCCUGCGCAGCAGCAGUUGGCGCUCGGCGGAUGGCGGCGCAUCGGCGAGGACAUUCAGCUGCACCGGAAGGAGCUGAAGGCCAAGCUCGUCGGUAUCCUGUCGAGCAAGAUCGCGCAGCUGUCGAACUCGAUGAAAUCGAAGCAGGACCAGGCCGCGGAGCAGCCGGCUGCGGGCGUGGCUGACGCAUCUGCGCCCUCCGAGUACGCCGUGUCCGUCUGUCGCCAGAUCAGUCACGUCUCGCGGGCGUGCAUCGAGGUCCUCGGUGCCGAGUGCGCUGCGGGCGUUCUAGCGCUCGUUGCGCGGGCGGCCGCGGAGGGGGCCACGACUGGCCUGACAUCAGUGGUGCGGUCAGGGGAGGGGUCCGAUGUCGGUGACGAGGCGGGAGCACGAAGACGGGACCACGUGAUGUCGUCCGAGGCGCGCGCUCAGCGCGUGCGGGACGCCCGCGCCAUUCUGGCGGAGCUUGAAGCGUUGCCGUUGCGGCAGGACCACCGGCUGACGUGCCUGCAGCCGCUGCGCAUGUUCGCGCGAGGGUGA